AUGGCCAGUCCGGGCCUGCUCAUUGCCUGUGAACUGAUUGUUACAGAAAAAAGCGUGGAGAGUUCUCCCAGAAUUUGGGAGACAUAUUGUAACUGGUGCUACUUUGUGGAAGCAGAAAUGAGAAAGGGUCCUUUGAUUGAGCUUCACCUGCCAACACCUAUUCUCUGGAUGUUGACUGCCUGCUUUGUGCCACUAACUUUCAUACUCAUUUUAUGCAACCCCUCAGAACUGAUAACUGUGGCCAGGAGAGAAGAGGCAGAGGUCCAAUUAGUCAAUGGUGAGACUCGCUGCCAAGGGCGAGUGGAGAUUCUACAUAACGGAACUUGGGGCACAGUAUGUGAUGAUGACUGGGACAUUGUGGAUGCCAAUGUGGUUUGCCGGCAGUUGGGUUGUGGCCAUGCUACAGCUCUGCCUCCUCGACUAUUCUUCGGGCAGGGCACGGGACCAAUUUUUUUAGACAAUGUGGAUUGCAAAGGAAGAGAAACUGCAUUGAGCCAGUGCAGGAGCCUUGGAUGGGGAAUACACAACUGCUACCACUAUGAGGACGUUGCUGUCACCUGCAAUGAGCUUUUACCAACCCCAUCUAAUAAGGGUCAUUCCACAAAGGGCCCCUCACCUUCCUUACAAAAUGGUCUCAGAGAUGGCACCAUCAGAUUGGUAAAUGGGGCAGACAACUGCCAAGGAAGAGUAGAAAUCUUCUAUAAGGGAAAAUGGGGUACCGUGUGUGAUGAUGACUGGGGAAUGAGUGAUGCAAGUGUGGUGUGCAGACAGCUUAACUGCGGACAAGCACUGGACUACAAGAGCAAUGCCUAUUUUGGUUAUGGUACCGGAUUAAUACUACUGGAUAACGUGAAUUGCGAUGGGUCGGAGCCAUACCUUUCCGCAUGCUACAGUCUUGGCUGGGGAAUUCACAACUGUGGACAUCAUGAAGAUGCUGGAAUCAUAUGUACUGGUUUGGAGAUCUCUACCACUCCUCCAAACACAACUCCUGUGUCUCAUGAUACUGCUGAAUAUGUUACUGACACUGCUACAGUUACAUGGAGUAGAGAUCAACCAUCUACUGAAACGGAUUUACCUUCAACUGCAGUUCUGCAACCUUGGAAAAAGAGUGGCAGUAUUAGAUUGAUAAAUGGAAACAGCAGCUGUCAGGGUCGAGUGGAAGUGCUGUACCAAAACAGCUGGGGAACUAUAUGUGACGAUGACUGGGAUUACAGCAAUGCUCAAGUGGUCUGCAGACAGAUGGGUUGUGGCCCCGCCAUUAUUGCUACAACCUUGAGUUACUUUGGCUAUGGCAGUGGCCCUAUCCUGCUUGACAAUGUGGAUUGCGAUGGUACAGAGAAAGACUUAAGAGACUGCUUCCACCUAGGCUGGGGUCAACACAACUGCGGACACCAUGAGGAUGCUGGGGUUAUAUGUCAAGGUUCACAAGAGUCAGAAUGGUUUUCUAAAGAAAGUGGAUUUGAAGUCACAACAGAAUCUGCAACGCCUCCAAAAGAAGGGUCUGUCCGCUUCGUAAAUGGUAGCCACCGCUGUGAAGGUCGUUUGGAAAUAUUUUUCCUUUUACAGUGGGGAACAGUGUGCGAUGAUGCGUGGGAUCUGAAGGCUGCAAAUGUGGCAUGUCGAUCUCUAGGCUGCGGUGCUGCCAUAAAAGCUCGGGGAGAAGCUUGGUAUGGGCAAGGCAGUGGCUACAUCUUCCUUGACAACGUGAAGUGUCAGGGCAAUGAAAGUUCCAUCUUGCAGUGUUCUUAUAUACGAUGGAACGUUCAUAACUGUGACCACUCUGAAGAUGCUGGGGUGAUGUGUGGAAUGUUUUAGUCCUCAAAAUAUCAUGGAAAUAUGUAAAUGUAUACAUUUUGUAUAUAAUUUUGUAUCUCUUCUCAUGUCCCAUACACUUGCACUUUAUUAUUACAUUUAAAAGAAAAUAUUAUUGCAUCAUAUUCCAUUGAGAUCAGUGAAUGGAAAAAGUCAGUUAAUGGGAAAAGAUCUAUUUCUCCAGCUGUUUGGAAAUAUGUUUAUUUUUAUUUUGUAAAGAAGUCAUAACAUGCAGUACAUCUGUAGAAUUUGUAUUUGUAUAGACAUUUUCUAAAGUAAUCGCUGAUGAAGAAAUUAAAAUUACAUUUCAAAUUCUUAAUGUUGAAUUAAAUGUGUUCUUUAUUAAAUUAUGG